AUGAGCAGAAUACCGCCUGCACUGCUCUAUCUGACAAUAUACAAUCCAACCUUGAAGCCUGCCACGCUUGACCCGGAUGACGAAGAUGCCGAAGAGCUCGCACACAUCCUGUUCCACACCGCGCGCGAACAUGCGGUUUCGCGCGACAAGAUUCUGAGACAAGUAGGCCUAGCGAAGGCUCUCGUAAACUUCUCAGAGAUGUUCAAUGCGGGCGUACCAUGCGAGAACGUACAUUCGCAAGCGAGGCGCAUGAUCAUGCUGUCUCCUGAACCGAACUUUUGGAUACAUGCCUGCUUCGAGGUUGCCAAGACACCGCGUCCCCCACCUUCUACGAGUAAAGCCAAGGAGACCUCCAAGAGCAAACACAAGGGAAAGGAGAAGGAGCAAGCACCCCGUCCUCCUGUCCAGUAUGACUAUCAUGACGGCUCAGUCCACGACGAAGCUCUGCGGACACACUUUCAGCGCGGAUACGAGGGAUUUAAACUCCUCCAUGGUUCAUUUACGUCCGUUCUGUCCACGCUCGGUCAACAAGCACUAGAGCUACAACUAGAGCGCUUCUUCACGAUCUGGGCGUGGAAGUGGGACAUCGAAGACGAAGACUUCGGCUCCCAUCUCGGCAUCCCGCUACACCCUUUGCAUGCCAAACUGACACCGCUACUGGAGUCUCUCACGUCUACAUUACCUCAAGAGCUUACAACCCUCGCUCUCAUACCUCCUUAUGUGAUACCUCCACCUGCUCCUCGAUACCCUCCUGCUCUCGUCCACUACGUCUUCUCUCGCAUUCCGCCACCGCCUACCCCGGUGUCUCGCAACAACUCAUCUGGGGCUGGCGCUUCUUCAAUCCCUCCUGUCGUUACAGACAAAUCCACCGCCCUCGUCCCUUCGGGGACCGCUAAGCUGGCAACCAAUCCCGACCUCGUUUCCACGGUGGCGAGCAGCCUACUCGCCAUGCCAAAUAUGCCCAUUAUGCCCAAUAUGCCCUCCAUGAAUCUGGGAUUGGACGCGAAGAACUUCAAAUGGAACUGGCCAGGCUAUCUGACUUUUGGCAAGUCCGGUGCGAGCUCGAGGCCCUCCUCGAUGCCUCCAACACCGUCUAACACAGCGGCCGAGAACGGGGGCUCCUCGCAAGUCCAGUCCGGGAAUCACGAGGAAGCACUGAAGCCUGACGGCGGGACGGGAGGAAAAGGGAAGGGGACCCUUGACGUUGAUACAGUUUCUCUGCUGGAGGCCAUUUCUACGGAGAGCAUGGGCUCGUACACUCGGGCUGCAUCCCCCACUCCGUCUGCUCUCUCAAGGAGCUCCAAACUUGGGGAUACGAGCACCCACGACGUCACAGAACACCUCUCUCCCGUACAAUCGACGAAGUCCCCCGUACUAGGGAAUGGGGAUGUGGCGGAAGCGAGUGAUGUUUUUUUGGUGUCUCCUCCAGACCCCCUUCAAGCCACAACUCCUCGCGUGUCUCGUUCAUUCCUCGGAUCCAGUGUGUAUCUGGCAAGUCCCGGCGACCCGCUUGCCACGGAAAGGAAGCGUGUCUUACAUCUUACGGUAUGUAUCUCGACGUUUACGUCGCAGCAGGACGAAUGUACCGUCGCGGUUGUGCUAGACAUGGACCAUACGCUCGAUCUUGUACAGCUGGCUGAUGACGCUGUCGAGCUGAUCGAAAGCUUAUCAAAGGUCAUAGAGGAAGGGAAAUCACGAGCGAAGGAUGCCCAGAUCCCGUCUGCGACGAAGAUACUCCAGCCAAAGGACAAGUAUGUCAUUGCAAGCGACGAAUAUACCACUACAUCGUCCGCGGGCUUCACUUCACGGUCCGAACAUCUGUAUGACGGACAGGAACUUCUUCGAAGCGACCAUGACGUUCUCGAAGUCUUCUCGCGUGGUCAGAAUCCCCAGCACUGGUAUAUUGGGAAGCGCGGGCUAGGAACGGGCGCGGACGGGCGCGCGGUAGAAGGCGAAGCAUAUAUGGAGGUCUCGCGGAAAGAGACCACACUGACGGAUGUGGACAACGAGCUCGCCGGUGUGGUGAGGAGGUUCAUAGAGCAUCUAUGA